AUGGCGCCCAUCGACGACAGCCACGACGCCCGGAUAACACCCGCCAGCCCGGCCAACGUCGCCGAGCUGCUCAACCAUGCCUGGCAGCACGACCUCGCCGCGCUGAAGCCUCUCCUCCGCGUGCCCGGCCCCGCGAGCGUCCAGGACCCCAAGACCGGCGAGACUCCCUUGCACGCCGCCAUCCGCGCGUGCGGGCCCGCCGCGGACGCCUCUGCUUCUUCUCCCGAUGUCGUUGCCAAGGCGGCCGCCGUGGUCAGCGAGCUCUUCAUGAGCGGCGCGAUCUGGAACGACGUCGACAGCAACAACGAGACGCCCGGGUGCGUGGCCGCCCGCCUGGGCCUCGAGCCUUUGUACACGGCGUGCAUGGAGGCCGGCGUGCGGGCGGAGCUGCUGUUCGGCCUGCUCGACGGGUACGAGGAGCUCGAGUCGGAGGCCGCCGAGGACGAGAUGCUCAAUGCCGAUGAGGAGGGUGGGGGCGAUGAGGCGCCCGAGCUCACCACCGCGACUGCCGCCGGCGAAGCAUCCAACGGCCAGGCAAAGGCAAACGAGGAGGACGAGGAGGAAGAAACCAACAUCGUAGAGUCAGACCCCGACCGGGCGUUCAAGCCCCCGACCGACCCGCACACCGUCACGUCGCGCGACUACCUGCAGUCCAGCCUGACCUACACCGAGGACGGGAAGCUGCUCGACUCGUCCGACAACGGCGUCAUGAUGGCCUGGGAGACCAGCAUCAUGCGCGCGUCCGUCGACUCCCUGCUCACCCCGGCCCUACCCUCCGGCAAGAAGAUCCUCAACAUCGGCUUCGGCAUGGGCAUCGUCGACUCCAUGUUCGCCGCCACCUCCCCCGCGCGGCACCACAUCAUCGAGGCGCACCCGGCCGUGCUCGAGCACAUCCGCACCAACAGCGACCCCACCUGCUCCAGCAAGGACACUUCCAGGAACUUUGGCGCCAGCUGGGAGGCCAAGGGCUCCGAGGAGGGCGCGUACAAGGUCCACGCGGGCCGGUGGCAGGACAUUGUCCCGCAGCUCAUGGAGGCCGGCGAGACGUACGACGCCGUGUACUUUGACACGUUUGGCGAGGACUAUGCCCAGCUGCGGCACUUCUUCACCGAGCACGUGCCAUAUCUGCUCACAGAGACUGGUGCAUUUGGGUUCUUCAACGGACUUGGUGCGGACCGCAAGAUUUGCUACGAUGUGUAUACGCGCGUCGCUGAGAUGCAUCUGAGCGAUGCAGGCUUGGACGUGGAGUGGCAGGAGCUUGACGUUGAUAUGAAGAGGCUUGGCGAAGAGGGCAAGGGUGACUGGGAAGGUGUCAAGAGGCGAUACUGGACACUUGACAAAUAUCGUCUACCGAGAUGCACACUCAUGGGUUAG